GACAUUUUCAACUUCUUUCUGGCAAUAGCUGCGGAUAUCUCCAAAAUGAUGCGGCAGUAUUUCUGCCAAAGGGCAGUUGCUUCGCGAAAGCUUGCACAAUGCCUACCACUCGGAGCCCGAAUCCGAAGCCGCGGGCUUGCAACAGAGGCAGACCCUCAAAACAGCGCAAAUAGCAAUUCCUCCCGUUUCCCUCCAUAUCCCAAGAUUCUAAACAAUCUCCGCGAAGUACGACGGGUCUUAGGAACCGAGCGCUCUCUCACCCUCGCUGAGAAGAUCCUGUAUUCCCAUCUCGAUAAUGUGGAAGAGUCACUCCUCUCCGAUACCCAGAAUGGGAAGAAUAUCCGCGGCCAGGCCAAUCUGAAGCUGAAGCCCGAUCGUGUCGCCAUGCAGGAUGCAUCGGCGCAAAUGGCACUGCUUCAAUUCAUGACGUGUGGACUCCCCUCGACCGCAGUCCCUGCGAGCAUACAUUGCGAUCACAUGAUUGUGGGGGAAAAGGGAGCUGAUGUGGAUCUCCCAGCGUCGAUUAAGGGGAAUAAAGAGGUUUUUGAUUUCCUGGAGUCCGCUGCGAAGAAAUAUGGUAUUGAAUUUUGGCCUCCCGGUGCGGGCAUUAUUCAUCAGACCGUUUUGGAGAACUAUGCUGCUCCGGGCCUUGUGAUGCUGGGUACAGAUAGCCAUACGCCUAACGGCGGUGGUUUGGGCGCCAUUGCUAUUGGCGUUGGUGGUGCGGAUGCCGUUGAUGCGCUUGUGGAUGCCCCUUGGGAAUUAAAGGCGCCAAAGGUGCUUGGGGUUAAGCUUGAAGGCAAACUGUCUGGCUGGACGGCGCCGAAGGAUAUCAUUCUGCACCUUGCUGGGAAAUUGACUGUUCGUGGCGGCACUGGGUAUAUAAUCGAGUACUAUGGCCCUGGUGUCGAAUCGCUUAGCUGUACCGGAAUGGCUACUAUCUGCAACAUGGGCGCUGAAGUUGGAGCAACUACAUCACUUUUCCCUUUCUCACCUAGCAUGGUACCGUACCUGCGAGCCACCAAUCGAGGCGAUAUUGCAGAUGCCGCAGCGGCUAUUGCGUCAUCGGGUCCUCAGAACCUCCUGCGCGCAGACAUCAACGCAGAAUAUGAUCAACAUAUUACAAUUGAUCUUUCAACCCUCGAGCCACAUAUUAAUGGACCCUUUACUCCAGAUCUUUCAAUCCCUCUGUCAUCAUUUGCACAGACCGUUCGCGAAAAGAAGUGGCCUGAAACUUUCGGCGCUGGUCUUAUUGGGAGCUGCACCAACAGUUCUUAUGAAGACAUGACUCGUGCGGAAGAUCUUGUCAAACAAGCUUCCGAGGCCGGCCUAAAGCCAAAAGCAGAUUUCUUCAUCACGCCGGGAAGUGAGCAAAUUCGAGCUACCCUAGACCGCGAUCAGACAUUGGCAACUUUCUCUGCUGCCGGGGGAACCGUCCUAGCUAACGCCUGCGGACCGUGUAUCGGUCAAUGGAAGCGGACUGAUGGGGUCAAGAAAGGCGAGAGCAACGCGAUCCUGACCUCAUACAACCGCAAUUUCCGCGGACGAAACGAUGGAAACCCCGCAACCAUGAAUUUCCUCGCUUCUCCCGAAAUUGUCACUGCCAUGUCAUAUGCGGGCAGCACCACAUUCAACCCCAUGACGGACACUCUCCCAACCCCAAGCGGCAAACCCUUCAAGUUCCGUCCCCCGACAGGCUUCGACCUCCCCAAAUCCGGCUUCGAAUCAGGAAACCCAGACUUCCAACCAAGCAUGGCCGCCCCAUCCCCUUCCUGCCCCGUCGUAAUCUCCCCAACCUCAGACCGCCUCGCAGUCCUCGAACCCUUCUCACCUUUCCCCCCCCACAACCUCACUUCCCUUCGCGUCCUCUACAAAGUCAAGGGUCAAUGCACAACAGACACCAUCUCUGCCGCCGGCCCCUGGCUCAAAUACAAAGGCCACCUCCCGAACAUCUCCGCCAACACCCUCAUCGGCGCCAUAAACGCUGCAACAGGCGAGACGAACGUCGCCUACGACAUCGAUGGUAGCACCUACUCCAUCCCAGACCUCGCCUCCAAAUGGAAAGAGGCCGGCACGGAAUGGCUCGUUGUCGCCGAAGACAACUACGGCGAGGGCAGUGCGCGCGAACACGCCGCGCUACAACCGCGCUAUCUAGGCGGACGCAUAAUUGCCGCCAAGAGCUUCGCGCGCAUCCACGAGACGAACUUGAAGAAACAGGGCGUCGUACCGUUGACGUUUAGGGACAAGGCGGAUUAUGACCGGAUUGAUGCGUGUGAUACGGUUGAUACGGUUGGCUUGUAUGAGGUACUGACCAGCGGUGGGCAGGGGGGUCAGGAGGUGAGAUUGCGGGUGACGAAGAAGGGGAGUGGAGAGGUUUUUGAGAUUCCGAUGAAACAUACGUUGAGCAAGGAUCAGUGUGGAUUUAUCCUUGCGGGAAGCGCGUUGAAUUUAUUGGCGAAGAAAGCUAAUAAAUAGGCAGGUUGAGACACCGGGUGUGUUUCCAACGGGGUUUGUUAAAAAAAUAAAAAAUAAAAUUGCUACUAGGGUGUUUUUCUAUAUAGAUGAGUGGAAUUUCUCCCUUGGAUUUCUAAUCCAUCUUCUACGAUUUUUGCUGUUUCCUAGAUUCUAUUUGUCAUUUAGAUACUUUGCUCUUGCGUUUCAUUCGUCAUUUACCAACCUGUAUUUCCUUUCGUCGUCCUUUAUGUCUCCUUUUCUCGUUUGUCUUCUACUUCCUUUAGGCUUGAGACACGGAGUAGACAAAAAGAUUUUCAUUAAAGGCAAAGAUUAAUCACAGUACAUACUCGGGCGGCAUCAGCGAUAUAUUUAAUUUUACUUCAAUACUUUUCUCCAGACUCACUUUGCCUGGCCAGGUAUGGUAGAGUAUGUCUGUCUGGAUAAAAUUCGUUUAUUUUACUUAUUUCCCCCGCAUAUCUCAUACCAUCAAAGCAGCAAAACUAGAGUAGGCAAAUAAAGAAAACCCUGAAAUUAUGACUGUG